AUGAGUACGGGUACCGAGGUCGAUAAGGUCGCCACUGAGAACAACAAUGUUCAGAAGAAUGACGAAUGUGAGAACUACCUUGCUGACGUCAUCGAAGAGUUCAAAAUUCUGGACGACACUGUCGAUUUCAAUCGUGUAGCAGCUAAGUGUCGACCCAUCUUCGCCUCGAAGGAGAAAAUCGUGUGUGAGCUUACAUUGGAACCACAUCAUGUUAACUCUAAGGGAACUCUUCAUGGUGGCCUGACAGCUGCUCUCACUGAUAUUGUCACUGCCAGAGCUAUCGGAGUCACCGUUAGAAACCUCGGAAUGGCUUCUAUUGAAAUAGCUGUUAGCUAUCUUCUGCCUGUAAAACUAGAAGAAACCAUCAUUAUCACAGCUACGGUAUUGAAAGUUGGAAGAAACGUAGCUUUCGCCGAAGCUGAGUUCCGGCGUAAAUCUGAUGGAAAGCUGGCUGCUAAGGGUAAACAUACCGUUGCCAUUCUCCCCAACCAACCAGCUGUCAAUGGCAAAGUUCCACAAUACUAA